AUGACUUCUCAACAAGCACAGCCCCCUACGCUGGAACCAUCGGCACUGACAAAACUCAUCGAGUCAGCUUCUGCCUCCGGCAAUCCACUCGCUGCAACCACCAUUCAAAUCCUCCAUAAUCUCCAGCACCAACAUCUCUGGACAUCUCUCCAAAUCCAUGACAUUUCCACGACCAAUGCGACAGACCUAAAUACCACGGACUCAAUUUCAUCUGAUUCCCCACAGACCCUGAUCUCGGGUGUCCCACCACACCGCGUAUACACGCAUCCGGACGAGCAGCUAUACAUGUUGGAAAAGGGCAUCGCGGAGGAUGAUCUUCGACCGGAAAGACUAUUCGUGAUUCCCACGGCCCAAGGGCAAACUUGGAGUUUGCGCCGUAUGGCUGCAGCCUUUGAUUCCUUGGCUACUCUUGAAGAUUCUUCGGGAAGCGAGGAAGAAUGGUCGAGCAACGAGUCUACGGAUCCUGAAAAGGCAAAGAAGCUCGAUGAAUAUUACCAGAAGAAGAAAAUUGCCAAGGAAACGAAAGAAUGGGGCACUAGGCGAGCUCUACUCGCGAUGACCAACAGGGGGAUGGGUGGAGAGGGUACGGUCGUCUACUACGUCGUCCAGGAAGGCGAGGUCAAGCCGCGACAGAACUGA